UAUUACCACCACCGAACGUGCCCGUAUAUAAACUCAGCGCAUCGAUUCAACAAACGAACAACUUAUCAUUUAAUAAUAUAUUAAUCGUCUUCAAAUUCACUCAAUUCUCCGCUUCGAUUUGAUCGGGAGAAGCCGGACAGCGACAUGUCAAUGGCGAGGGUGAGCUCAGGCCUCGCGUAUCCAGAACGUUUUUACGCUGCGGCGUCGUACGCUGGCUUCGAUGGAUCUCCUAAUUCCGCCGCCAAAGGUCUCACCUCGAAGUUCUCGAACGACAGCGCUUUGCUCCUCUACGCCUUGUAUCAGCAGGCUACAGUAGGACCUUGUAACAUUCCGAAACCUAGCUCAUGGAGUCCUGUGGAACAAAGCAAAUGGAAAAGCUGGCAAGGACUUGGAAACAUGGCUGCCACAGAGGCAAUGCGUCUCUUUGUAAAAAUAUUGGAGGAGGAAGAUCCAGGUUGGUAUUCAAGGGCAUCUAACUUUGUUGCUGAGGCUGUUGUAGAUGUGCCGAUGAAUCAUAAUUCAAAAUUUGAGCCUGUCAUGGAGAACGGGACUUUGUCUCCCGAGACUAAGACUAUUUCCACUGAAAAUGGGAGCCUGAUGGAAACUGAGGAUAAAGAUGUAGUCUCAGAAGGCCUUGGUUCAGUUGCUGUCUACGAUCAAUGGAUUGCACCUCCAAUAUCUGGGCAACGUCCCAAAGCUCGAUAUGAGCAUGGGGCUGCAAUUGUUCAAGACAAGAUGUAUAUAUACGGUGGAAACCAUAAUGGUCGUUACCUAAAUGAUCUUCAUGUUCUGGAUCUGAGAAGUUGGACCUGGUCAAAGGUUGAGGCUAAGGCUGGGGCUGAGUCACCAAAUCCAGUGACAUUAACCCCGUGUGCUGGUCAUUCCUUGAUAUCAUGGGAGAAUAAGCUUCUGUCAAUUGCUGGCCAUACAAAGGAUCCUUCUGAAACGAUUCAAGUGAAGGUGUUUGAUCUACAAACUUGUUCUUGGUCAACCCUAAAGACUUAUGGAAAACCACCGGUCUCUCGUGGAGGUCAAUCUGUGACCCUUGUUGGAUCUAGCUUAGUGAUUUUCGGGGGUCAGGAUGCAAAGAGAUCGCUCUUGAAUGAUCUGCACAUACUUGAUCUUGAAACCAUGACGUGGGAUGAAGUUGAUGCUGUGGGUGUGCCUCCUUCUCCGAGGUCUGACCAUGCUGCUGCGGUGCAUGCAGAACGUUACCUUCUUAUCUUUGGCGGGGGCUCACAUGCUACUUGUUUCAAUGAUCUGCAUGUUCUUGAUUUACAAACUAUGGAGUGGUCAAGACCUACUCAACAAGGUGAGAUACCAACUGCACGGGCUGGACAUGCUGGUGUAACAGUUGGAGAAAAUUGGUUCAUUGUUGGUGGUGGUGACAAUAAGAGUGGGGUCUCAGAAACUGUUGUCCUCAACAUGUCUACCCUUGUUUGGUCAGUUGUAACUUCUGUUCAAGGACGUGUUCCUCUUGCUAGUGAGGGCUUGAGUUUGGCUGUCAGCUCCUAUGGUGGUGAGGAUGUUCUUGUUUCUUUUGGAGGAUACAAUGGACGUUACAACAGUGAGGUUCAUGUUCUUAAACCUAGCCACAAAUCAACUUUGCCAUCGAAGAUGAUAGAGACUCCUAUUCCUGACAGUGUUUCUGCUGUUCAUAAUGUUACAAAUGCAACCAGAGAUGUAGAGUCUGAAUCUGAAGGUGGUCAAGAAGGAAAAAUAAGAGAAAUUGUUAUGGAUAAUGUUGACUCAGAGCUAUCGAAAUCAAAGGGUGCACAAAGUACUGAACCUCUUAUAGCAACCCUCAAGGCAGAGAAAGAAGAACUGGAAUCAUCACUGAGCAAUGAGAAGUUGCAAUCUAUCCAGCUAAAGCAAGAAUUAACAGAAGCUGAGAGUCGGAACACAGACCUUUACAAGGAGCUCCAAUCUGUUCGUGGUCAACUCGCUGCUGAGCAAUCAAGAUGUUUCAAACUAGAGGUAUGCCCACCUGAUGUGUUGUAUCACAGUCUUAAUGCACUCUGCAGAAAUUUGGUGCAAAAUGGAACUUCGCAUGCUGUAAGCGAUGGGAUUCUUGUAGUUAACUAAUUAAUGUCUGAACUGAUAGGUUGACGUGGCUGAACUAAGACAGAAGUUACAAACAAUGGAGGCAUUGCAAAAAGAACUCGAACUCCUGCAGCGCCAAAAGGCUGCUUCUGAACAAGCGGCCUUAAAUGCAAAGCAGAAGCAGAGCUCAGGCGGUGUGUGGGGUUGGCUCGCCGGAAACCCCUCUCCUAACCAAAAAACCGAUGAUGCUUAAAACUUGUAAAAAGUCUUGAGCUGAGUAGUGAUUGCUAGAUUCGAUUCUCAUCCAUCAAUUUUUCACAAAUUUUUUUUUUUCGUUUUACCCGACCUGGUUCUUUCUCAGAUGGGGAAUAAGAUACCAGAGUA